AGGCGAGCUCUGCCCCUUCCGCUGAGCGCGUGCAAGGUCACUCUGGGCGCUAAGAUGGCGGCGGCUAGAGUCGCGCGCGAGGAGGAUGCCUUCCGCCGCCUCUUUCGCUUCUACCGGCGCUGGGAGGGCUCAGCCCCUACUGAGGUGAUUGACUUCUCGAAGCCAGCGGCGAGACAGGUGAUCACUUCUCCUCUGAGUUUUUCCUCAGUAAGUGAUCAAGAUGCUUACAGAGCAGGACUGCGUCCAGUUAGCCAAUGGAAAGCCUAUAGCCUGGAUACCUAUCCAGGGUUUAUAUUUAUCCCAGAUCCCUUCCUUCCGGGCUGCCAGCGUCAUUGGGUGAAGCAAUGUCUGAAGCAGUACACCCAGAAACCCAAUGUGUGCAAUUUGGAUAUGCACAUGUCUUCCAAGGAGACCAUUGAUCUGUGGGAGAAGAGUCAGCAUCAGCUGCGAAACAAAAGUUCCAGCAAACGGGAGCAAAAAAAUUUACUGGAGAAGCUACGUUGGGUGACUUUGGGUUACCAUUAUAACUGGAAUACAAAGAAAUAUUCAGCUGAUCACUACACCCACUUCCCAUCUGACCUGGCUUUCCUCUCGGAACAAGUGGCCAAAGCUUGUGGGUUUCCAGCCUUCCAAGCAGAAGCAGGGAUCCUGAACUACUAUCACUUUGAUUCAACUCUAGGAAUUCAUGUGGAUGAGGCUGAGUUGGACCAUUCCCGACCCCUAUUAUCGUUCAGCUUUGGACAGUCAUCCAUAUUUUUGUUAGGGGGACGGAAACGAGAUGAAACCCCCGUGGCCAUGUUCAUGCAUAGUGGGGACAUAAUGAUCAUGUCUGGCUUCAGCCGCCUACUUUACCACGCAGUCCCCAGGGUUCUGCCCAAUCUUGAGGGGAAGCCUUUGCCUUCUUGUAUGGAGCUGCCUCUCCCUGCUGACCUUCCUGCAGACUCUGUUAUUGAGCCCUGCUCCCAAGAGGACUGGCAAGUCUGUGCCAGAUAUUUGCAAACAUCCCGUAUUAACAUGACUGUAAGGCAAGUGCUGGCUGAAGGACAGAGCUUCCCGACUGAAAUCAGGACAGAGAGAGAACUGGAUGCUUUCGCCAUAGACACUUAUCAUGAGGAACGUAGUGAAAUAAAAAAGCACAAGCCUAGUACCAACUGCUGAGACUUGUACACCUCCACUUCCUUCGACAUGGACUAUCUUAGUGCAGGAAGUCUAUUUUCCAGCCAUAUGGAACAUCAGCAGAUAUCAAAAGGGACAUGUGGCUGAAAAAAUGCUGAUCAUUCUGAAAUUGGGUAACUGAAACAAACUGUGUGAACCACAGCCAAGGUAUAUGGCUCAGGCCAAGGAACUCUGUUAUUUCCACCGCUACGGUUGUUUCAUCAAGGCCACACAGCAAAUCUGUCACUCUGAUGCUCUGGUUAAUAGUGACUGAAUAUGGAAU